AUGAGGUCAUACAACUUGACAUUAGAUGCUAUGAACUUUAACAACAACUUCACAACAACCAUUAACCCUGAAAUGCAAAGUUCUAUUAUGCCAUAUGUGAAAGUAUGGACUCAUACAGGAGCUCAAAACACUCAAUAUACAAAUGGAGACCGUUCAAACUUUUGGCUUGGCAUUCCAUUUGCUGACUCAGAAGACUUUAUGGGUGGUAUUUCAACUGUUGGUACAGUUCAAAUACAAUAUACUGGUGACAGAGACGGUCCAAAUGAAUUGAAAGCAAAGAAGUUUACAAAACCAAUAGCACUUUUCACGGAAGAUGCUCUUUUGAAAAUUCGUUCGAUGAAACCUGCUGGGGCUCCUCAGAUUGGUAUAACGACAGCUUCCAUCGAGCAGAUUUUGGCAGCAGGUCAGUAA